GGGGCUUACACUGCUGCAAGAAUCCAUGUCAGUUGUCACUAAUUAUGCCAUAUAAGUGUGCAACAUGUGAUAAAAUGUUUAGACAGAACGUUGACCUCCUGUACCAUGAAAAAAAUCAUGCAAGAGAGAAACCGUAUAAAUGUGCAGUAUGUGACAAGAGUUUUAUACAAAAGUUUCAGCUCACACGCCAUAACAAAACUCAUACUGGCGAUCGGCCUUAUAUGUGUGGUACAUGUAAUAAGACUUUUCUAUUGAAAGGGCAGCUCACAUGCCAUGAGAAAACUCAUACUGGUGAUCGGCCUUAUAAGUGCGGUAUAUGUGAUAAGAGUUUUUUAUUGAAAGUGCAGCUCACAUGCCAUGAGAAAACUCAUACUGGUGAUCGGCCUUACAAGUGCAGUAGAUGUGAUAAGAGUUUUAUAUUGAAUUGUCAGCUCACAAACCAUGAGAGAACUCACACCGGGGAUCGGCCUUAUAAGUGUGGUACAUGUGAUAAGAGUUUUUUAUUGAAAGGGCAGCUCACACGCCAUGAGAAAACUCACACUGGUGAUCGGCCUUAUAAGUGUGGUACAUGUGAUAAGAGUUUUUUAUUCAAAGGUCAGCUCGUAUACCAUGAGAAAACUCACACUGGUGAUCGGCCUUAUAAGUGCGAUACAUGUGAUAAGAGUUUUAUAUUGAAUAUUCAGCUCACACGCCAUGAGAAAACUCAUACUGGCUAUCGGCCUUAUAAGUGUGGUACAUGUGAUAAGAGUUUUGUAUGGAAAGGGCAGCUCACAUGCCAUGAAAAAACUCACACUGGUGAUCGGCCUUAUAAGUGCAGUACAUGUGAUAAGAGUUUUUUAUUCAAAAGUCAUCUUGCACGCCAUGAGAAAACUCACACUGGUGAUCGGCCUUAUAAGUGUGGUACAUGUGAUAAGAGUUUUUUAUUCAAAGAUCAGCUCAUGUACCAUGAGAAGACUCACACUGGUGAUCGGCCUUAUAAGUGCGGUACAUGUGAUAAGAGUUUUAUAUUAAAGGUUCAGCUCACACGCCACAAGAAAACACACACUGCUGAUCGGUCAAGUGCAGUACAUGUGGUAAGAGUUUUUUAUUGAAAGGUCAGCUGACACGCCAUGAGAA